GAGAUAAAUUAAUUCAAAACACGGAACGCCCCCGCCAAAAUUGUAAACAUUAGAUGAAAAAUGGCGGCUGUCAAAGUUGGACAUGCAAGCAUAUUUCGAAAAUUGAGAGCAAAUAUAAUAGGAAUGAUACAUUUACCGGCCAGCCCAGGAACCCCCGGAUUCUCAGGGUCGGUAAAUGACAUACUGCUCAAGGCAGCGAGGGAGGCGGCCAUCUACAAGCACGCUGGCGUGGACAGCGUUCUUAUCGAGAACAUGCACGAUAUACCGUACCUCCACUCGUCGGCCGUUGGACCGGAAGUGGUGUCGGUGAUGACCGCCGCGGCAAGCGUUGUGCGGUCUGUGUUCAGCCACGCGCCCGUCGGGGUGCAAAUACUGGCGGGUGCCAACCAACAAGCUCUGGCUGUGGCUCUUGCAGCAGGUUUGGACUUUAUUCGCGCGGAAGGAUUUGUCUAUAGUCACGUGGCAGACGAAGGUAUAAUGGACGCCUGCGCCGGCCCGCUUUUAAGAUACAGACGACAUAUCGGCGCCCAAAACAUAGCUGUGUUCACUGACAUUAAAAAGAAACACAGUGCACAUAGCAUAACAUCGGACGUGAGUAUAGCGGAGACCGCCCGUGCCGCGGAGUUCUUCAGAAGUGACGGCGUCAUCGUUACCGGAAGCAGCACGGGACAGCCUGUCGACGUCGCAGAACUUACGGAUGUGUUGAAUGCGGUAAAAAUCCCGGUUUUCGUGGGAUCGGGCGUGACACUCGAGAACUUCCGUCAGUACAGUCACGUGACCGGCCUAAUUAUUGGCUCCUAUUUCAAAACGGACCACCAUUGGACACGGGACAUUGACGAAAGCGUUCUUGCGGACUUUAUGGACAAGGUGAAAAACCACCAAGAACGGGACUCAUGAUGACGGCAAAGAACACAUAUUAAUUCAUUGAGAAGUAUUAUAGGUGUCUACCUCUUGUUAUAUCAGAAGACAUAAUGCAACACCGAACCCAUGAUUUAUUUGGCUGCAACGGUACAACAUCUCUUUUUUCCUAUAUCAAGUGUCAGAAUACUGGAUACAUGUUCGAUUCGAGUGCGGCUCAGUGUGGGUACGAAUCGAAUACUUGACAGGUUGCGAAUUUCAUCGGAAAGGUGCCAGAGCGAGGCGUUAGAAGCCGAGGAUUUGUCAACUCUUUAGUUCACGUCUUGCUACAAAAACACACAGCAAUCAAUAAAAGUCAAUGUUAUCUUUAGGCGUCUCUCUAGCCGAACCGUACCGCUCUGGUCUGACUAAAUGUUAUACAAAUACUUUGAAAGCGGUCACGCAUCAAUAGACCCAAAAAGUAUAAUUGUGCAGUUAUUUGUUUAAAAAAAACUAGUUAGUUAAAUGUGUUCCUUAUGCUUUGAAUAUAAUAAGCGUUUUUAUGAAUAAAUGUAAAAAAGUACACUAUUUGAUUAUCUAGUCUUAACGUUCACGAAAUUCCGAAAAAGAUCGGGGGUUUUAACUAUAAAUACGGAGUAUAUCAAGAUUUUGGUUCAUGUUCGCGAUCAUAUAUAAUGCAAAUAUGGAUGUUUUAAUUUUAAAGAGUUUCAUAAAAAUCCACACCCCUUCUAUAGUAUUAAGAAAAUCUCUUGCAACAUUUUGUGUGUGCAUGGUUUGCAAUCCCUGUUUUCUCUUUUGCUAAGUCAGGCUGUUUUUCUUCCAAUAUACCCUGUUAUAUUUUUGACAGUAUUCAAUGCAACAGCUGAUGUAUCAAUUAUGUUGAUUAUUUGAUAUCCAACUCUUCUGACCUUUUCCACAGUUAUCAGUUUAACACGGACAUGAAAAUUAUGUUAACAACAUGUUACCGUGUCAAGUGUCAAUAACGUUGCUAUUGGCAACCAGCGUAGAAACCCGCCAUUAUCGUUGGACGUUUAUGUCUUUAAUUAAUACGUAAAUAAUUGUAAGAUGUAUGCAUCGCUAUAGUUACAGUACCCGCUCGAUUUCGGCCAUUGUACUAUAAAACUGCCUGCUUAAAUUUACAACAGUAAUCAUUCAAUUUUAAAACAUUGACAGUUAUUAAGGCGACAAAUAACUUGACUUCUGGUGAUAAAUUACUAAGUAAAUUCGACUUUUGACAGAUUUGACAGUUGAAAUUUUACUGACGGACACUGCGAAAUGGCCUUUUUUGGCGUCAACAUUUUCAAACGAUGGACAUUAAAUAAUAAUAUAUAAUAAUAUAUAAUAAUAAUAAUAAUAAUAAUAAUCUCUUUAUUUUCCGAAGGUUUUCCGAAAAUUCAGAACCUUUAUCAGUAAGCAAUCGCCUCGUUAACAAAUUUGAUGUCCCAAGUUCACUGCAUCUUGUUUUUUUAGGAAUGCACUUCUUACACAAAACUGAAGAAGAUAAUAACUUAUGUAAUCUUAAAUCAAUGUCAUCGGAAAAUGACUCUUUAAAAGAGACGUUUAUGUAAAUUAAAUGUGUUACCUACAUGUAAAUAACGGCGUCAUAUGUAAACCGAUAAUUAUAUUUAUUCUGACAGGAAUUCUAACCAAGUAUGAAAUUAAUUAAUCCAUUUAUGCCUAGCGUCUAGAAAAAAAAUGGCAUUGGUCUUGAUGCGGCGUCUCAUCAGGGUCUGCGCUGAUUGCUUAAAUGAAUUUCUUUAAGAAAUAUUCUAAAUAUAGAAAUAAAUAUACUAGACAUCCCUAAUUUUGGAAAUAAAUUGAUCCAAUUUAUAAGGAUGUGAGAGUCCACUAGGGUUAAUUAAUUGUAAGUGUAUGCAGUGCAAUCAUUGUUAGGAAUAAAAAUAUAACGCUCAAAUAAUUGUACAAUCUUGAGUAAAAUAUCUGUGUUUUUUUCUUGCCCCUUUUACCCGCAUUUUAUUCGAUUCUCUUAAUUGUUUGACAAAACGGAAUAGUACUUUUAAGCAAAGUAUUACUUUGACAAAAUUAAUUUUAAUUCAUAUAACGAAGAAUUGUUAUAAUUACUAUAACUUGGAAUGCUGUCCGAGCUCUGAAAAAAGUUGCUGCGUUCAUGCAUGUGAAAUGUUAACCAUGGUCCUAUACAAACAGGUCCCUAUAUAAACAUACGCAAUUUAUUACAACUUUCAAUGAUGCGCUAUUUUGUUAAAUUUAGUUCUGUAAGGGAGAUAACUAGUUCUGAGGAACUGUUGCAGUAAUGUCCCUUUCGCAUGAAGGCUAUGUUUACUUACGAAAGCAAGUAAUAUGCCUGAGGCGCAAGAUGAAUUCGUUUGUUUACCAUUCUACGUAGGAUUCCUGUCAACCAUGUCAAUGUUAAAACAGAUAAAUUUUAAUUUAUGUUCGUUUUUCUAAAACUUAUGUAAACAAGACAACUUAAAUGUACAAACAUUAAAAAUUACAUGACACUA